AUGAUAGAACUAAAUCAACAAGCUUGUGACAAAGUUUUACUCAAAAUUGCAGUUCAAUUAAAAGCCAAGUUGGACAAUACUUUUGAUACAGAUUCCCUUUUAGAACAACUUUCAACACCUGAAAUUGAUUCAAAACGGAAAAUAGAGCUGUGGGAAAGAUUAAAGGUUCAUUAUUUUUUAUUAGGAUUUGGGUUAUUUUUGUGGAAGGUGGGGGACUUUUAGGAGUUGUUUUCGGUGUGAGUAGGCCUGUCAGUAUUUUUAAUGAAUUUGGGAGACUUGGAGUGUGGGUAUAGUUCUGUUG